UUUAGACAAGUAGGUCACAGCAAACGUACCUGAUGUUUCCCUUCACUCGACUAUAUAAACUCACGGGUGGCGGAUCAAAAAGUAUCAGUUGUACAACAACCGAAUUCAACAUGAAGCUGUUUAUCAUCGCCGCUGUCUUGGCCGUUGCUGCCGCCGCUCCAUCCAGCUACAAGACGGAGGAGAAGAAAUACGAGAAGGACUACAAAUACCCAGAGAUCGUCGUCACCGGCCAAUCUGAUGAGCGCAAUCUCGAUGGAAGCAGCCAAUGGAACUACGCCCAAUCCGACUACGCUACCCGCGCCGAAUCCCAGGCCCAGAAGAAAUUCGUCGUCACCAAAGUCGAUGAUUACGGUAAAGAAACCAAAGAGGAAGUCUACGGUAACACCAACCAGGGAUCUUCCUACUGGGUUUCACCUGAAGGCGAGAAAUUCACUUUGACCUGGACCGCCGAUGAUGCCGGAUUCCAGCCCAAGGGUGACCACUUGCCCGUCGCUCCCGUCCACGUCUACGAGCUCCCCGUUGCUCCAGUCCAUGAAUACGAACUCCCCGUUGCCCCCGUCCACGAAUACGAACUCCCCGUUGCCCCAGCUCUCCCAUACUCCCGCACCGGACCCGGCUACUAAAUUAUUAAAUUAUCAAAGUGUUAUUGAUGUCAUCCACCUUACCAAUAUAUGCUCCACAACAGUUGUGAAUAUGUUGGUGUAAAUACAAGUGCCGUAAAUCAAAAA